ACGAUGAAAAAGUGUACUCAAAGCUUCUUACUUAAAUGUUUUUUAAGUGUUCCAGCUUGGCUUAUAAUCUUAGACCUGUGUAAUACAUUAUCAAAUUGGCAAUAACAUGAGAAUACAAACAUUCCAGCUAACUGAAUCAGAUCAACACGUCAUCGUGCAACGUUUACUCAACUGUUUCCCUUUACACCAAGCCAAGCAUCUCAACAUUCCGUCUCCACCCACGACGCGGUAGCGCAUUCCAUAAAUCGUCCCGCCAUCGUCAUUCGUGUAAUCUGACGCUAGCUGAUGCAGCAUCACGUCUCGCAUUACUGCAUCGACCACAUCAUCUAACAAACAGUUUGCUGCAGCGCAUCCGACACUGGAGAUCGCUGAGUGCGCCUUGACCGUGGUUACGAUAGGCAGUGCGCGAUAUCGUGGCCGCCGCCGUCGUCGAAAUAACAAAAUUCUUUUCUCACGCUCGCGACUACCGCAGUCACUCCAUCCAUAACGACAUCUACCACCACUUCCAUGCAGAUGUUCCGUCUCUUUCCCACUCAGUGCACACAGUCAAAGAACGGCUCCUACUUUGGAACUCACCGACAGGAGACCCCCCGUCGUGGCUCCAAAAAACCAGCGAGCUCCACCGGUUUCGUACGUCAUCGAGUCGCGUGCGGUUUUCCCCUCUUUUUCGAGAUCGGGUCGCUCACCACCACCUCACAGCCAUCAGCACUGGAGCAUGGCAUCGCCGGUCAGCGCUUCUGGAGAGCAACACUAGUGGUCUCUUUCAUUCCGGGGCCCAAUCAGUGUGCCAUGCGCUUAUGUUGCUUUGCAGUCAGUCGAAUCUGGUGGAGCGCGCGCGAGAUCGUUCGCCCAUCGAAAGCAAAAGCCGGUCGUCGUGUGUGCGCUCACGCGCACGGUUCGAACGCUCGCGCUCGCGGCGUCCGUCGAUCGUGUGCGGGUCUACCGAGACCGACGAUGAUGCGGUGUUGCGUUGCUGCGGCUGAGGUUGAUGCUGAUCCUGCUGCCUCAGAAGCGAUCGGCGACAGGCUCAACCUUUAUUUUGUUCGUCGCUGGCACUCGAUCGCGUGGCUGGCCUCUGCCCCGGCAUGGGCUUUGUUGGCCAUUAAUACGCUCAUUCAGAACAACCACCAACACGGUCCGCAUGGCCUCAGCAUACAGCAUAGAACGAACCGAAACCAAAAACGAUACCCGGCUGCGAAACCAGAAACAUACCAACUCAAAUGCGAAGUGCUCGAAAGGGAAUUGGAAGAAGCCAACGGAGAUGGGUGUUGA